GCACACACGUAAAAACAGCAGCAAACGUGUUAGGCUUUCCCUAGCUAAGUCCCUCUCUCCUUCCUAUAAAUAUAAGGGAAGUAGAACCCAGUUUUACUCUAUUUUGUUUUCUAGGGUUUCUUCUGCGCGUUUUCCGGAGCCGUCGCCAUGGGGAGGAGACCAGCAAGAUGUUACCGCCAGAUAAAAAAUAAGCCAUAUCCAAAAUCUCGCUACUGCCGUGGUGUGCCUGAUCCCAAAAUCAGGAUCUAUGAUGUAGGAAUGAAGAAAAAAGGAGUGGAUGAGUUCCCCUUCUGCGUACAUUUGGUCUCAUGGGAGAAGGAAAAUGUCUCCAGUGAAGCUCUUGAGGCUGCCCGUAUUGCUUGCAACAAGUAUAUGGCCAAGUUUGCUGGGAAGGAUGCUUUCCAUUUGAGGGUCAGGGUACAUCCAUUCCAUGUCUUGCGAAUCAACAAGAUGCUUUCAUGUGCUGGAGCUGAUAGGCUCCAAACUGGUAUGAGGGGUGCUUUUGGCAAACCUCAGGGCACUUGUGCAAGAGUUGCCAUUGGCCAGGUUCUUCUGUCUGUUCGUUGCAAGGACAGCAACAGCCAUCAUGCACAGGAGGCUCUCCGCCGUGCAAAAUUCAAAUUUCCUGGUCGCCAAAAGAUCAUUGUCAGCAGGAAAUGGGGGUUCACCAAGUUCAACCGCACUGAUUAUGUGAAGUUGAAGGCAGAGAACCGCAUUAUAUCAGAUGGAGUCAAUGCCAAGCUUCUCGGAUGUCAUGGACCAUUGGCACAGCGUCAACCUGGUAGAGCAUUUUUGAAUGCUUAUGCCUGAGUAGUUAUGCUGCUGAGGGAGGUUUUCUUUGAAAGUCUUGGUGUCUUAGACUUUUUGGACAUGAUGAGUUAAUGUUAUUGAUAUGAAGCUAGUGUACUUUCCCUAUUUUAUUUUCAGCUCUUUUGAGAAAAAAAAAAACAUGAACUUGACAUCUUA